GUGACUGCCCACAUGCUGGACAAGCUUCAAGCAUUUUUGACGCUCGCCUGCCUUGCGAGAUGGCUGGUCGUCGGGGGGGCACGAGCUCCUCUGCAGGGCACUCAUCCCGGACGGUGUGACCCCCAGCCAGAGUCUUACAGCAUCGAAAGCAGGGCUAGCUGCCCUUUCACUCGCGUCGUGGACAUCGAUCCGCGCAGGAUACCGCCAGAAAUAGCGAGCGUCAGGUGCAAGUGCCCCGGAAACAUCUGCAGCCCCCAGGGUGACUACAGGUGUCAGGACGUCAAGGAGACGAUCAAGGUGUCCUAUCCGGCAGGUGGUGCUUGUGGAUCCAGGUCAUCGGAUUGGGUGAACAAGACGGUGCAAGUCACAACGGCCUGUGUUUGCGCCCUGAGUCGUGCGCUCAGAGCAGGUGAAGAUGGCGUGUUGAGGACGCAGUUCGCUCGACCCAAAUGCAAUCCUCGAUGCUGAAGUACGCUUGAAAGGCUGAUCAAAUUUGAUUUGGUCUUAAACACCCCUACUGAAUGUGUUGCUGAGUUACUUGCCGCAUACUUGCACACUUAACAAGCGCGCACCUCGGGGCGAUCAAAGCCAGAGGGUUCCUAGGAUAAGGGACUGUCCCACCUCGACUGACAAGUCACUGCUUCAAAUAAAUGUUCAUUCAUUCAUUCAGGCUAGGUAAAAAUGGAGACGAGCAUGCGGGCCAGGUAAUGAAAGUUUUUCAUACCAGACAGUGCCACAUGACAAUCAGUGGCAAACCUGUACUGUUGCGUAGCAAGGAAGACCAGUUUUGAGAAAGGAAAUGGUGAUUUGGUUGUUAGUAUGCAUUGCAAUAUGAUAAGGCUGACCUUGGCCUCUUAUGCACACUGUGGUUAGCGCACCAUUCAUGGUUGUUUAUAUGUGCGCGAUGUACUCU